AUGGCGAAGGGAUGCAAGAUGCAAAUCUCCUCCUGCUCGCCUUCGCCUGUGUUGUCCUCUACCUCUUCUUCCUCAUCUACCUCUACCUCUUCUUCCUCAUCUACCUCUACGUCUUCUGCUCCUUCUUCUCCUUUUUCUGCUUCUUCUUCUCCCUCUUUUUCUGCUUCUUCUUCUGCUUCUUCUUCGCUCUCUUUCGCCUCGCGCUCGGCUCUGUGUGCAUCUGAGGGUCGGCGGUGGCCUGACAGUGUCUCUCUUUCGUUCAGCUCUCCCAAGAGCGGCUUGGGCCUGCGGGCGAGGCGUCUCCUUCGAGAAGGCGAAACUGUCUUCGUCGACCGCGCUUCGCGAGGCUGGUUUUCUCCUCUCUUUCGGCAGGGGAGCCUUCACCAUUUCUCAACGGACUUCGUCUUCCCCGCCUUCUGCUGUCACUGCAGCGCCCCCCUACCUCUCCGAAGAAGAUUCUCACCAGCGCAUGCAACGCGAGAACGAGGAAGCUCAAACACACACGAUGGCUCUUCUGCAGAGAGACCUGCGAGAGCAGACGGAGAAGCAGAAGAAAAAGCAGACCAAGUCAAAGAAGAAGCCAGAACUGCGCAAGAGCGCAGCGCCUCCAUGACAGAGCAACAUCUUCCCUCCUCACUCCACAAGUCCGCUUGUGGCGACCCUGCUUCCUCUUUCUGUUCUCCCCCUCAUUCCUCUUCUCGUCCUUCUCGUCCGCUCUUUCCGUCUACGCGUUCUCCUUCGCCUUCUUCUUCUCGUCCUUCUUGCUCGCGUUCUCCUUCGCCUUCUUCUUCUCGUCCUUCUUGCUCGCGUUCUCCUUCGCCUUCUUCUUCGGGUUCCUCUUCUUUGAGGCGGAACUCGAGGAACGCGUCAGACGCGCGGUCGCCCCCGCGUAAGGUGAGCGUCCGGGCGUCUUCCCCGAACGAGAGCCAGGCGACGAACGCGAACGGGAGAGGAAAAGAGCAGGAGACUGAGGCCUCUGAGAAAGGCGACAUUUGCAGAGAUUUGGGGAGAUACGUCGGAGGAGUGCGAUGCUGGCGAUGGCGGCGCGGCUGUGCGCAGAAAUUCUGCAGUCGGAAAUGUCGCGCAGAGGCGGAGUUCUUGUACCACAGUCGUCUCUGUGUCGGCUUCUCGUCCGCGUACGUCGAGCUGCUUCGCCUGGCCUCAGAAGCAGACAACGAAUAUUACGUAGUUGCGGCAAAGAUGUUUGCGGGUCUUUGCUGCAUGCGUAACUUCUCCGCCUCUGCUCGCUCUCGCCGUCAGAAACAACGCGAAAGUCGUCCUGCUAGCGGAGGUCGCACCGCGUGCGAUGCUCAAGAGGGUCCGCUACAGACAAACUUCCGUGGUGAGAGAGAAGCGCGAGAAGAUCUGCAGGCCGCGCGUCGCCUCACUCCGCGGUCGAAGCGCGCUCCUUCAGGCUCGACGGAGUUGAACGCGAAGCACCGACAGCGAAGAGAAGAAAACUGCGAAACGCCUCGUGGCGCGCGGAACAGUCACGGCGGAAGCAGAGAGUCUCGGGGAGGAGAAAGAAGACAAGAACGAGAAGGAGGAAAAGAACAAGGUGGAACAGAAGAAGAAGAAAGGCAAGGAAAAAACGGUGAAGAAAACAGAGAAGCGUGGGUUUUCCCAUGGGCAGGGUGGCACCAGCGACCUUGGUGGGAUACCAUGAAGAUGCCGCGCUACGCAGCGUCUUCGACGAGUGAGGGAGAUGCGGAGAACAGCGGAGAGGAAAGCGGCGACGAAAGUCCAUCUCCGAGCAAAGUGUCGACAGACGUUUCUUCGGCCUCUCGUGAGAAACCGGGCGCACUGGGCACUCAAAACGCAGAAGAAUAUCGACAUUUCUACGCCGCUGCGCUCGCAGGCGCUGAGGAAGCAAGGCGGAGCCUUGGACUUUCAAACAGUCGGAAUUCCGCCUUGUCUCACACUUCUUCUCGUUCGUCUCCUUCUUCACCCAUUUCCUCUCGUUCUUCUUCUCGGUCCUCUCUCUCCUUGUUGUCUCCUUCCUCCUCUUCCUCGUCACCUUCGUCUCGUCCUUCGGCCUCUCGGUCGCGUCCUUGUUCUCUCGCUUCUUCGAGUCCGCAACGCAGAACUGCUUCCAGAGAGGAGAAGAAGGAGACGCCGAGACAGCAGGCCGGCGACGGAACCGCCCUUAUCAGACGGCAACUGCAGGAGAGGGGAAGAGGAGAAGCCGGAGAAAGCAAGAGUCGCGACUUGCGUCGUUCGCCGUCGUCAGGACUGAAGAAGAAAAGGACGAGAAGAUCAGAGAUCCAGCGCAAGACGAGAUCAAGACGCGAGGAAGAAGCAGCAACGGAGUCAGGCUGUCUCCGAGCGAUGGCACAUGCUUUGAUCUGUCGGGGGGCGAAACAGGCGGCCGAGGAUGCAGCGCAUGCACUUUUAGAAGAGACGAAACAAGCCAAGGCCGCGCGACGAAGCCCAGAGCGGUCGGGCGUUCCUUUGCUCUCUCUGCCUCCCAGUCUGCAGGAGGGAAAUGGAGCAGACGAGAACGUUAGCGAAGCAGAAUUGAGAGCCGCAGAGGCAGAAGGCGCCGCAAAACAGGGAGACGAUGCAUCGAAAAGAGACGAGGGAGAAGACUCCCAAAACGACGAGAGAGAACAGGCGAAACGUCGGGCGACGCGAGCGGCUGCGAACUGUUCCCUUGAGCAGUUUUUUCGCUCGCAAAUUCGAAAGCAGACGCGAGAAGUUCUGUCCGUUCUCGCGCAGCUCCUACCGGAGCUGAGCGAAGCGGGCAUCUUAACACUCAGGAACUUCUCCAACGUGAUUGGCCUCAUUCGCAUGAACGCUACUGCGUAUCGCGUCGACCACCACGAUCUGGCGAGUCUCCUGCAAGCCGCCUCGGCGCAGAAGGGAGAGACAAAGAAGAACGAGAGGCCAGGAGGCGAGGAGACGAAGAGCCCAGACUCCGGAGAGAGACAGGCGAACGAGGCAGGAAGCCGAGCGAGGAAAAGGCAAGAGUUGGCGGCGUCUACCAGAGGUCGCAUCGAGGAGAGGCGUCCUCGAGAAGAGCGGCGACACUCGGGAGACAGGGCGAGACGCAGACGAGGAGACAGGCGAGGGAGAAAAACAUCUCCCGAUUUCCACGCGCAGGUAGCCGAAUACGGCUGCAGCAGCGCUGACCUUCUUCCGGACAGGAACAGUCAAACCGACUUAUCGUCGCUGUGCUCCGUGGAAGGCCUCGCGCUCUUUCCGAUCCAAAGCUGCAUGAACCAUGCGUGUCUGCCGAACUGUCGCUGGUUCCUCCAAGAGACGCCGUUGGCUGGGCGCGACGCACACCGAGCAGCUGGCGAAGGACCUCGGGAUAAAGCGAGGAGGCGAAAAACAAAGAGCCGCAGAACCGAAGAGCUGCCUGGAGUGCCGGCGGCGGCCACAAGCGAGCGCACAGAAGAAGGCAAGAGCUCGAGAGGAGCAGAAAAAGGAUGCGUGAUGCAAGACACCGAAGACAUGGAAGAAGAAACUGCGCACCGGGGAGAAGACGAGGAAGACGCAUGUGAAGUCCAUUCAUUGCACGAGACGCGACGCGUCUUUUCAAGGAUUUGGCCUUUGACGCCUAGUUACUUUCGCUUGGCAAUUGUUGCAUGCAGAGCCAUUCUUCCUGGAGAAGAACUCAGCGCCGACUACUUUCGGCCGUGCGAGACACGCGAGAGAAGAGUUUUUCUCGAACCGGGUGCAGGACCUCCGUCUCUCGAGCUCUCCGUCCUUUCGCCUUGUCUCCCCGAGAAGGCCGAGCCGGCAACGGAUGCGGUCUGCGGCGACCCAGCGGACGACGCCAGGGCAGAGGAACCGCCGACAGCAAACCAAUCGGGGUGCGGUGUCGGAGAGGAACGCCCACAGACGGCGGAGACCGAGGAAAGCGCCGAACAAGAAGAGCGAGGAGAGAGAGAGAACAGGAGAUUCCAGAGAAUGCACAACGGCGAGGGAGGAAACGGAGCUUCAGGAGAUCGAGGUUCUCAGCUGCCGACGAACGGUGGGCUCCUCGCUCUUCCUCCAUUUCUCAAGAAUCGAUACGAAUGCAUGACACACCAGUACCGCUUCCAGUGUUCGUGCAUUCUUUGUCGCGACGCCUCAGCGGGGUGGCGGUUGAUUCAAGCCGGUGCUCUCACCCUCGAGGACUGCGAGAACUUCGCUCGAGAGCAGAAGUGGAAAGCGGCAGCGGAAGAGGAAAAGCGAGAAAAACUUGGGUCACCAGUUGUCCGUUAG